UUCCCCUUUAGCUCAAAAUCUCGGCUUUUCAAUACUUUGCAGUCUCAGAAUAUUGAACUUCUUUUUUGAGUUUUUUUGAUGCCCUUUUGCGAGGUUUAAUGUUUUACUUUUUGUGCCAGAGAAAUUUUGUUUGAUUGCUGAAUUGGUAAACUUGACUUUCUUUUCUUUCUUAUUUUGCAGAGGGAGGCUUCAUGACUUAACAAACUUUAGUGUUGAAAGUUUUAUGUCAGAAUUGUUGAUAAAGUCGUAUCAGGGGUAGCUAAAUUGGAAACAACUCUCAGAGAUCUUUUCCUUUCUGAAGAUACAGAAGCAACCUGUCUUUACUGUUAAAAAAUGACUCCCAUGGUUUUGCGGUUUGAUGAUGGGGUUGAUCAUUUUCAAUGUUAAGGGCUUAAGGAGCUACAGUUGUCAACUUAAACUUCUCCUCCCAAUAAGUGGUGAAGUGAUUUGAAUUGCUAUUCUUUAACCGGGGUAUGGACUGGUUGCCUUCAUUGGUGGCCAGUUUAUUCAAAUAAUGUUCAAUUGGGCAAAGGGACAUAAUGCUCUUAACAUCUUCAAAGCAAAGAGACAUGAUGGCGAUUCUUCUCUAGAAACUGGAUUACUUAAUGACAUUCCAUACGAAAUUGAACUGUCAGACUAUCGAGGAGCACCAAGUCCUGGAAGUGAAAGCCCUUCAGGACUUCUUGAUGGGGAAUGCUUAAACGGGGAGCCAAUUGCCGAUUUGGAUCUGUUCUUUGAGAGGUUAUACACCUAUUAUUGUGAGAAAGGAUUGUGGUGUAUUAUCAUAAAGUGGGUAGUUGAGCUUUUAAGCCUCGCCUUCACAAUAUGUUUCUCGGGAUUUUUCUUAUUGUUUGUUGACUGGGAUGGUCUACGCAAUGCAAAAUGUGGAAUGGUUGCUGUAGAAUCUGGAAUGAAGCCUUGUGAUUUGGCUAAAGAGGCACUUCAUCAGCAUCCGCUAACUCCUUUUACGCUUUCGAAAGCUGUUAUUGUUGGGUAUUUGGGAAUAUUUUCUAUUUAUUUGAUCUUCUGCUUUCUAAGGUUCUUUGCUCAGCUGAACGAAACACUAAAGAUCCGCCAAUUCUACUAUAAAAGCCUUUCUGUAACAGAUAAUGAGAUACAAACCAUGCCAUGGGCCUCAAUUCUUGAGAAGGUUGUUCAGUUACAAAGCUCGCAGCAGUUAUGCGUGGUGAAGGAUCUUUCUGCUCACGAUGUGGUAAUGCGAUUGAUGCGGAAAGAAAAUUACUUGAUUGGUAUGCUUAACAAAGGUGUUCUUGCAUUCCCAAUAUCUCAAUGGGUCCCAGGUGCUGGUCCAACUGCCAAGUAUGGUUCAACUGCCAAGUAUCGUCUAAUAUUAACAAAGACACUUGAAUGGACUUUAAAUUGGUGUAUACUGCAGAGCAUGUUUGACAGAAACUUCUGUGUUCGUACAGACUUUGUCUCAAGUCCAAAAACAUUGAAGAGAAGGCUCAUAAUAGUUGGGUUUGUAAUGCUUCUCUUAUCUCCGUUUCUGGUCAUCUUCAUGCUGGUAUACCUCUUCUUGAGGCAUGCCGAACAAUUUUAUAAUCAUCCAAGCACAGCUUCUUCUCGAAGGUGGUCAAAUCUUGCUAAGUGGAUAUUUAGGGAGUUCAAUGAGGUUGAUCACUUAUUCAAGCACAGGGUCAACAACAGUGUUCCUCAUGCUUCUGAUUAUAUAAGGCAGUUCCCUUCUCCUAUAGUAUCCAUCAUUGCAAAAUUCAUCUCGUUUGUUUCUGGUGGAUUUGCCGCAAUUCUUAUUAUAAUUGCAUUUGUGGAAGAGUCGCUGUUGGAAGGCCAUAUAUUUGGCCGAAACUUGCUCUGGUAUGCUGCUGUUUUCGGGACUAUAACAGCGAUAAGCAGAGCAGCUGUGACCGAUGAACUUCUUGUUCUUGAUGCCCAAACAGCCAUGUCUCUGGUCGUUCAGCAUAGUCAUUACAUGCCAAAGAGGUGGCGUGGAAAAGAAAAUACAGAAUUUGCUCGGAUGGAGUUUGAAACGUUAUUUCAGUACACUGGAAUGAUGUUACUGGAGGAGAUGGCUUCAAUUUUCCUCACUCCAUACCUGCUUAUGUUUGUUGUCCCGCAGCGGGCUGAUGACAUUCUACAGUUUAUCACUGAUUUCACUGUGCAUGUUGAAGGUGUUGGUCACGUUUGCAGCUUUAGUGCUUUUGAUUUUCGAAAUCAUGGAAAUAGCAAUUAUGGCUCGCCGUAUAAUACAUCACAAAUCCAGAGGAGCUCGCAGGGAAAAAUGGAGAAGUCGUUUUUGAGCUUUCAUAGUAGCUAUCCAUCAUGGGAACCAGAUGUUCAUGGGAAGCAAUUUCUUCUCAAUCUAACCAAAUUCCGAGAGCAAAACUUGCAAGAACCAGGAAUCAUCAGAACGACACCUCAAAGAGCCCAGCAUUUCAGAAGCUCCGAAGAUAUCGAUAAUAAUUACAUGUCAAUGGAUUUUCCGCAACAGAUCAAUGCAAGAGCCCCAAACCAUUUUGGUUCAAUGUGGAUGUUUGACAACAGUCAAAGAAAUUGCCCGUAUAUUCUUGACUGUUAUUACUACGCCUUCUAUCAGCUUCAAAACCAAGUGUCUGAUAAUUCCAGAAACAUUGAUCUUUUGGAACAGUCUAAUGUUACCCAGGUGGAAGAUUCUAGAAACUUCUGGAUGCCGAUGGUGAACAAAGAGAUAAUAAAUGAAGAAAGUUGGGGCGAUCUCUUCCACAAUGAUGAUAAUAAUAAUAGGUCUAGGAGUCAUCUAGAAGCUUCCACAUCUGCUCCUCUCUUCCAAGAGAGCAUUCUUAGGCAUCACGAUGACGCAUCGUUUCCCCCUGGUUCCAAGAGCCACUGGUGGGCAAGAUCCAACCGACAUGGUAAUGAAAACCCGGCCACAAGUUUUCUCGACCCGCCUGUUUUCAAUGGAGAAGAAGAGGCGAGUAAUUAUCAAAGAAGCUUUCUAGAACCUCGGUUCUUCAACCGCAACCAUGAAGAUGAAGAUGAGGACGACAAAGAAGAUGAAGACUUGAAUUGGAGAAGAAGCUUCCAUGGGUUGUCGAAGACAUUUUUCAUGGACGAACUUGAGGGAGGAGAAUUCAGUCUCCCGUUUGAUGAUAUAUACAGUAGACCUACUCCUGAGAACUCUGGAAUAUUGGAACACCAUAACUCUGGAAUAUUGGAGCAACAUAACUCUGGUAUAUUGGAGCAACAUGACCCUGGAAUAUUGGAGCAACAUGACUGCAGUAACUCGAUGUGAAAUUGAUGGAUUUGCUGUAUUUUGAAAGAAGAAAAAAAAAGUUUCAUUCUUUAUUGUA